UAAAUGCAGAAAGACCAAGACAUAAAAGUAGAAUUUCGGAAAAGGAAAUAAAAGCAGAAACACAGAAACACUAAAACAGAAGCUGAGGAAAAAGUUAAAGGAAGAAAAAGAAAUAAAAACGGAAUGACGGAAAGAGAAACAAAACCCGCGAAAACCCAGAAAGACACAGUUAAAAUGGGAACACGGACAAAUGAAAACAGCAAGAGACAAGGAAUCAGAGAGACGGAAAGAGCAAUAAACCCAAACAAAAACAGAAGAACAGAAAGAGAAAGAAAUAAAUGAAAACGGAAAGAGAAAUUUUAAAAAAAAGGAAGACAAACCGAAACACGGAAAGAGAGAAAGAAAGAAAAACGGUAACGCGGGCAGGGAAAGAGGGAAGGAAAGAAAGACAACGCAGAGGCAAGGAGAGAAACAAAUGGAAACGGCAGAAAGACACGAGAUCGGCAGCGCCGAGAGCCGAAAGGACAGGCAUUCGGCAUUGCUGCUCCGGAGGUUUCAGAGUACAUUAGUCAUAGCAGAACACAACAAUGAGACUCUUACACCCAUUACACUAAAUACUAUCACUGCAGCAAAACGUCUUGGAGGUGAAGUUUCUUGUUUAGUAGCUGGUACCAGCUGUGACAAGGUAGCACAAGAACUCAGCAAAGUGCAGGGUGUUGCAAAAGUUCUAGUGGCUCAGCAUGAUGUAUACAAGGGAUUUCUAGCAGAGGAGUUGACUCCCUUGAUUUUGGAAACUCAUAAAAAAUUCAGUUACACCCACAUUUGCGCUGGAGCAUCUGCCUUUGGGAAGAAUCUUAUUCCCAGAGUGGCUGGUAAACUUGAUGUUGCCCCUGUUUCUGACAUUAUUGAAAUUCAGUCACCAGACACUUUUGUGAGAACUAUCUAUGCAGGAAAUAUUCUUUGCACUGUGCAAUGUGAUGAAGCGAUUAAAGUAUUUACUGUACGAGGAACUUCUUUUGAGGCUGCACCAACAAGUGGUGGUAGUGCCAGUUUAGAAAAGUUAACCCCUCCGCCGCCUGUUGGUAUCUCUGAAUGGAUUGAGCAGAAGUUGACAAAAAGCGAUCGACCAGAGCUUACUAGCGCAAAAGUGGUUGUAUCGGGUGGGAGAGGCUUGAAGAGCGGUGAAAAUUUUAAGUUGUUAUAUGAUCUUGCGGAUCAAUUGCAUGCUGCAGUUGGAGCUUCCCGUGCAGCUGUUGAUGCUGGCUUUGUUCCUAAUGACAUGCAAGUUGGACAGACAGGCAAAAUAGUAGCACCAGAACUUUAUAUUGCCGUGGGAAUAUCUGGAGCAAUUCAACACUUGGCUGGAAUGAAAGACAGCAAGACCAUUGUUGCUAUUAACAAGGAUCCAGAAGCUCCAAUUUUCCAAGUGGCAGACUACGGACUGGUGGCAGACUUAUUUCAGGCAGUGCCGGAGAUGACAGAGCUCCUGAAGAAGAAGUGAGUGAUGGUGACGGACUCUGCACUGCACCUGGGGUGUGGAAUGAGGGCAAAUAAAGGAUUGGCCUGGAAAGA